AUGUCUGGCUUAAGUGGUUAUGAUAGUGAAGUUGUAGGGUUCGAUUGUGUGAAUGAAAAUAAAAGAUCCUCGACUGCCACUUCUUCCCAAACUACAGAGUUCAGCCAACAUGGCAGCAGUUCUCAAACUUACUCGUCCAAAGACAUUGGCUGUACAGCAUAUCCUGAAGAAGUCAAACCUGAACCAAUAGAUCCAACAUCUGGAUUGAACGAAUUCCUCAAAAGAGUAGUACCUGCUAUGAUGGAGCAGUUGGACCAAAACGAUCCUGAGUUCAUUAAUUACUCGUCAGAUUCUGAUGAAGAAGAUCUGAUCACAGCGAAAUUGUUACAAGAGAUCCAAAUUAAAGACACUUCUGGUUCAGGAGAGCACGGGACUGCAAUUUUGGGUGUAACAUGGAGCAGUACUGGCAAUUCUUUGGCAGUUUCUAUAGGAGCUAUGCAGCAUGAGACCUGGUGCCAGAAUUCUGGUUUGAUUAAAGUAUAUACGUUUAAGAGAAAUGAAGAAAAGUUUAUCCAUUCUUUCGAUAUGACUGAGAAGAAUUGCGUGACAGUUUUAAAGUAUCACCCGACGGUCGGAUCAUUAUUGGCAUAUGGUACUGCGGCAGGAGAAGUAGUCCUAUGUAAUUUGAGAAGUGCGAAUAUGGAUGAGGAUGUCCUUCUUACUUCACCAUCGGACUGUCAUGGCUCGAGGCGGGUAUCAGCUCUGCAAUGGGCUGAUGCGUCGUUAGCCAACACGUUUUUAGUUAUGCAGAUUAACAAUAAGGGCAAAAGACGAGGCGCCGCUGAUCAGGUUCUAUUCUCCGCUGGUUCCGACGGAACCCUCAACGCUUGGCAAGUAAACGCCAAUCUCCAAGUCUUCGAAAAUAUAAUAUGCUACAACAUUAAUGGCUCCCAAAACCUGGCACCAGAUAUCACCUGCUUCGAUUUCACCAAGAAUUAUCCACUUCGUCCCACAGAAGAGAAGACUCCUGACAUAUUUGUGGUGGGAACUAAGACUGGGAAACUCUAUUUAUGUAAAAUCAAGGUUGCUCAAAGCCAGGGGGUGGUGGAUCCUGUGUAUGAUGUUCUAGAAGGUCAUGGCACUUGUGUUCUGGAUGUGGCAUUCAGUGAACAAAGACCUGGUAUUUUUGUGUCGAUCUCCAUGGACUCGGAAUUGAGGGUGUAUGAUAUCAGCCAAGCAAGUCCUUUAAAGAUUCUCUGCUUGGACUUCCCAAUCUCGUGCCUGAGCUGGCUGUCGUCCCCCGCGGUAGUGCUGGGCGCGUGUGGGGAGCAGGAGUCCCUGCGCGUUGUCAACGUGAGCAGUGGACAGGUGCUGCCGGUGGGCGGGCUGCGCGGGGGCGGGGACGUGACGUGUUUGUGCGUCAGUAUGUUUGGUUCGUGUCGUAUCGCGGCCGGGAACGAAGCCGGGACCGUCCGCGUGUGGGAGCUGCCCGCGAGACGCUUCAACUUCACCGACGAAGACUUGGAGUUU